AUGCAUCUAUGCGUGCAUGCGUCUGCGCAUCCAUCUAUCCAUCCAUCCCUCCAUCCCCUCCUAUUUCCCUCCAAUUCCUCGCCCUUUCCCCCUUCCUUCAGGCAGGCACUUGACCUCUCUGGAGCUAAACUCACACUAUGCGCGCGUGCGUCUCUCGUACACACGGCAGCCGCCACUCCCUCCCGAGUGCCUCCUCCCCUCACCGCAAUCCCUCGUCCCGAGCUCCUGGCGUCACUGGAGCUCAACUCACGCUAUGUGCGCGCGCGACUCUCCUACACGAGGCAGCCGCCACUCCCUCCCGUGCACCUCCUCCCCUCACUGCAGUCCCUCUCUCUCCUCUACGUUCCCUCCAACUACCUCUCCAUCCCCCGCUGCUCCUCCCUCACCUCCCUAACCCUUCGGGCACCUGAAUCCUCCACCCUCUCCUCCCUUGCCUUCUCCUCCUCCUCCUCCUCUACCUCCUCCUCAGUUGCAUCCUCCCCCUCAUCCUCUCUACGCUUAUCUCUCACGUCCCUCACAAUCCACUCUGCCGAAUUUGAGGGCUCCCUCGCAUCCCUCUCCCUCUUCCCCUCCCUCGCCUCCCUCUCCCUCCACUCCUGCACCAUCGACCCUUACGAACUCCGCUCGCUCUCAUGCUCCCUCCACUCCCUCACCCACCUUUUAAUCCACUCUUGCGCACUCGUCUCCUCCCAUUCCCUCUCCCCAAUCCUCCAAGCCAACCCCGCUCUCUCCUCCCUCUCCCUCCACGGAACGAAUUACCGUCUGUUUGCCGCACAGGGCCUCCGCACCCUCCUCUCUCACUCCUCCUCCCAGCUCCACUCCCUCCACCUCGCCGGCCUUCCCUCCAUCCGCCCGGGCUUGCUUGCAGCCUGCAGUGCCCUGCGCUCGCUCAGCCUGGAAGGGGUGGUUGAUUGUGCCUCAGACUCCUUAUUCCCACGCGCUGUAUCAUUGGACAGCCUUGUGGGUAUGCUCGUGCGCGUGGAACGGAGAGAGGGAGGGGCAGGAAGGGAGGCAGGAGGGGAGGCAACUAAAUCAAAUGCUGGGGCAGACGUAUCGGAGGAAGCACAUACGGGUGCUUCACCAGCAGCUGCAGCAGCACGGGUAUUCCCGAGGGGGAGCGACAAGCAGUGGGGAAGGUACGUGGACAUUCGCAGAGAGGCAGAGGCAGCGCAGGAAGAUAAGCUAGCAGCAGUAAGCGAUGUGGUACGCCUUUCUCAAGUAGCCGUUGAAGCUUCCAGAACCGCGCGUUCCGCUGCUCUCUCAGCGGCACGUGUGGAGGGUGAGAGCGCCGUGCCUCGGAUCGUUGCCAGCCUCGGGAAGAUGAGGUUCGGGAUCUCGGCGUGCCGGUCCUUCUCUGUCGGGGUACGUGAGGCCAAUGCGGCGAUCAAGUGGGAAAAGGCGCUGAUUGGGGCGUUCGCUGCUGCUGCUGGUGGUGCUGCUGCUGCUGCUGGUUACUUUGAUAUGUCUACUGCUAAUAGUAUUCCUGUUUCUGCUGCUGCUGCUGCUCUCGAGGCAGCAGGAUUCUUUACUACAGAGCUGAAUCCUGAAGAAGAGGAGGACAGGGAUGGGGAGGAGACAGACGCAGGAGACGGGACCAGGGGCAUGGGUGACAUGUUGCGCCAUGAUGGCCUGCCGGGGAGUGUGGUGGAUGGGGUGCGAUCUGGUGCGGUGAAGACACGUGCAGAGGGGUUGGAGAGGCUGCAGGCGCUGAUUGAGGAGCUGUCGGAGCACACGGAUGGCAUGUCUGCUAGCUUCAGUUCCAUGCGCCAACUCACCCCCACCCUGACUCUGCUAACGGUGGAUGCAGCAGCAGCUGGAGGUGGGGCAGCCGCACUUGGAGGUGGAGGUGGAGCAACUGGAGGUGGAGCAGCGGGAGGUGGGGCAGCGGGAGGUGGGGCAGCGGGAGGUGGAGCAGGAGGAGGAGGAGAUGAAGCAGCAGCAGUGCGUGAGGGAAGAGCAGCAGUGCACGGAGUGAGAGGAGGGGCAGCGGAAGCAUCGCAACGGGUGCAAAGCACGCUAGAAGGUGGAGGGCUGGGGGAGGCGGCAGCAGGGGAGGUGGCAGCAGGGGAGGUGGCAGCAGGGGAGGUGGCAGCAGGGGAGGUGGCAGCAGGGGAGGUGGCAGCAGGGGAUGCAAGACUGAGCAGCAGAAAGUCAAGCUUGAAGCAUUCUGAAGGGUGCCAAGCAGCAGUCCCCGUGCACGUGCUGUGCCCUCCUCUGGAGUCCCUGACCCUUCAAUCCCUCCGCUUCACCUCCCCGCCCCAUGUCCCCUGGCUGCCUCCCUCCCUUUCUUCCCAGUCUCCUCGCAUGUACCUCUCUUCCUCCCCCUCUCCACCAUCCUAUUCAUGUCACUCAUCUUUCUCCGCUUCCCUCUCCUUCUCCUCUUCCCUCCCCUCCACCUCAUCCCGCCCCUCCUCUGCCCCAUGCCCAAGCGGUCACCCAAUGUCCUUUGAGUCCCUUGCCCGAGCUGCAGCAUUCAGGCACCUCAAGCAUCUCACCUUGGUGUGUUGUGAAGGGUUGAAGGAGCAGGACUGGAUGGAACUACUCGGAGCGUGCUCUAAGUUGCAGGAGCUAAGGGUGUUGCAAAAUAACGAAAUUUCAGAUGCAGUGAUCGCGGGAAGCAGAUUGGGAACGCUCACUAGUCUGACUCUGGUCGAGUGUGGUAAGAUCACAGCAACUAGCAUUGGAGGGGUUCUUGGAAGUUUCCCAAAAUUGAGGCCCAGGACGGACGGCUUCGCGCAAGGCUCGGACUGCCCUAUCUGCUGGGAGGCCUACGAUUCCAGUAUAAGAUCACCGCACGUGUUGCUGUGCGGCCACACCUUCUGCAAGCACUGCGUGCUCAUCCUCCCUAUAGCCGUCUUCAAUAAGCUGCCAUCGCUGCAGAUCCAGCUGCCAUGGCUCGUAGACUGCCCGUUGUGCCACUGGGUGACUCCUAGGCUGGUCGUUGAGGGGAAUCUGCAGUAUCCUUUUAAGAACUUCUCCCUGCUGUGGCUUCUGGAGGCCUCCAGGCUCGCUCUCCCUCGAGGUGUCAGCUCACCCACCUCUGCUGCCAGCGCCACCGCCAGUGUCAGACACUCUCCCACGCGCCGGCAGCAGUUGGCACUCUGGCUGCUGCAGAGGGCGAUCCAAUGGUUCCCGUUCAUUCGCACGGCGAUCAACGGUGCGGCGUUCUACCUGAGCCGGCUGCGGCAGCUGUGCACGCGGUUACCGUUUCUGGGGGUGCUGGCGGUGGUGAGCUUUGUGAUUGUGCCCUGGUGCUCACUUGCACUGCUCUGCUACCUGGCGGUGUUUCUCUUUGUGGCUGUGCCUGCUGCCGUGUGCCUUGUGCUCUCCAUUUACUGGUCGGAGACUCUUCUGAGGAGACUGACAGGCAUGCCGUGA